ACACAAAAAAAAAAAUGGUAAACGUAAAUCAAAACCCUGUUUUUCCCUUUUCCCUUUUCCUCCUCUUUUGUCCUUUUAAAGAAUUAUUUAAUGGAUUAUACUCCCCCUACAUUACCGCUGUUUAAUAACGAUCAACAACAAAGAAAAAGACAUAAUAAAGUUCAUGUAUCUGCAGCAUGCGUGAACUGCAAAAAAGCACAUUUAGCUUGUGAUGUAUCAAGACCUUGCCAACGAUGUGUCUCUGCCGAUAAGACAGAUACCUGUCACGAUGUCCAGCAUAAAAAGCGAGGACGACCAAAAAUGAUGCGAGAUAGUAAUAAUAACAAAGUUCGACCAACAACACUACCGACAAACUAUCAUGUCAUGACAUUCCCUUCUGAAGUUACCGCAGUUUCAAAUGAUACAAUGACUGUUCUUUUAUCCAUGGAUUUAUGUUGUGCCAGAGUGACUGAUGAAUCUCUGGAAUACCUUCAGCUCUAUCCGCAGGAAUUUUCUCAUCGCUCCAUCUACGAUUUCUUAAUCCCAGGAGAGAGUUGCCAAAGCAUGUCAAAAUUGCAUCGCUGUUUAUUGGACAAUGCUGUUCAGCACCAACAGAAGAAACAACCACCAGAGACAGUUCGUUCGUCUUAUGAAGCAUUCUUUUCUUCUCCUUUAUCGACCUUACUAAAUAUAGCGAACGGAUCUUUAACAUUAAAAACAAAGUUAAAUUUUCGGACAGGUGGUCAAGAAAAGACGCACGAAGAAAUGAAUUGUAAGUUAUACCUUGGUGGUGGACUUGGGGCCGAUUUGUUUGACACAAGCAGUCUACAACAAUUAUACGUUGUUUGUGUAUUAUCAUUAAAUAAGACUGCUUCCAAGACAUCACUUCCUUUACCAGCACCCUUAUUCAAUAUACCACCUUUGGCGGUCAACAGUACAGCCUCCGAAUCACCGACAACGACCAAUUAUUCAUACACGGAGGAGGAUGACGACGAUGGCGCUGAUUAUUUUCACGACGACGAGUCUAAAGAUUCUCAAAGCCCACAAGAAAAGGGACCUGCAAUUGCUACAUCCCCACCAGCACCUAUCUUACCAGAAAUAUCCUUGUUGGAAAAAUUUAGAUACACUCCUAAUCGUGGUAAACAGUUUAUUCAUCCGCAUGAAUUAUACUACUUACAAACUACCUCCAGCCGUCUUUCUUCUGACGCUAUCGCGUAUACAACAAAUUCUUAUCUAUCAACCAAAGGCAGUAGUGCCCUAACUACAUAUAAUAAUAGAUUGAAUAAAUAAAGAUGUUCAAUGGUGUCCCAUUUAUUGUUAAGUUAUGUUUAUAAAAAGCACUUAUACACUGACACAUAUUGUAAGGUAUUUUCUUUUACAUUUGACGCAUGCUCGAAUUGUACUUGUAUACAUUCUUGAAAGUGUUGUUUGUUUAAUCAAAGCAAUAACCACUAUGAUGCGUAUUGAUUUAUUUUUCAAUAAACACCGGCUGUACACUAUAAAAAUAAAACUAUGAACACCCUAUGACUGUCCAACCUGUUUUCAAAAGAAAUUCCAUAUUUAUCAUCAUUAUAAAAGUAUUUAGAUAAACGGACGAUUUACCUGUAUAACGGGAGCAUGCAUUGUAGGGCUGACAAAGCAGUCCAUCGGAAGGCAUCGACC